AUGGGCCUGGGCUCUUCCAAGGUGCACCCCAAGGUGACCAAGGUGGCACCAAUGCAUGGCGGGGAGGACCUGCCUGCUCUCACCACCCCAUUCUGGCUCUCCAGCUUGCCCGGAGAGCCCAGCCUGCAUCCACCGGCCGCAGCGGAGUGGGGAAAACCCACAUUUCACUGGCAACUUCCACCUCUCCGGGAGACCUGGUAUGGGAGAGCCUCUUCAGGGCCCCUUUCUUUCAACACUGUGCUGGAAAAGGGAGAAACCAGCAUCAUUAAACAGCAUCCGCCUCGAAGACCUCAAAGGCUUGAACCCGCUGGCCCUCUGCAAGCAAUCGCUCCUGCAAAGCCCUGGAGUCAGCAGGAAGUGGCUGCAAGCCCAAAACCAAAGGCUCUGGAGAAGAGGGGGCAAAGCCCGAGACACCUCCCUGGCAGGCGGCAGCACUUGCACAAGCUGCAGAUGCUGGACUUGACCCGCAGGCGCCGAGAGGCAGAGCUGAAGCGAAAUCUCCACAGGGAGGCAAAAAUCAAUAAACAAAAAAUCAAGGAAUUCAGCCCGAAGAAAGUCCUUGACACUCUCCAGAGGGACAACAGCGCCGAAAGCCGAGACCUCGUCCCUGCUGAGCACAAUCAGCAUUUUCAUGGAGACGACUGUGGAAACACAUGGGGUAGAGGACUCCCCAGGCAACAUGAUGGGUCUGAACUUUCUACAGGCAAGAGCAGGAAGGUUGACCUGUGGUUCUGCAGGGAGUCACGGACGAGGGAUCUGUUCUGGGACACCUCCAGCACGGGCUCUGAGGAGUGGGAAAGGGAAGAGAAGAUUUACCACAAGCCUACACUUGUGAGAACCAAGACAGAGAGAAUUUCUCUCUUCGAUGACUUCUUUGAUAAGGAUUUCUAG